AUGUCGUCCAAGUACAACCGCGAGUUCCUUGUGGAGCAGGUCGCAGGCCACUUUGAAAGCUACAAGGACAAGCUGCCGAGGAAGAACAUCGAUGUGAUUACCACGUACUUUACGCAGAUGAUGGGAGGGAGCAUGUCUGUUGAUGAAUUUCUGGCUGCUGUCCGACAAGAAUUGUCAAAGUCUGCUUAUCGUACAUACUCGGGUGCUCUCCGUGGUUGGGUCAAUCAGAAUCCCGUCAUUCUGGCCGAGCCUGGUGUGCCCAACACAGUCCGCGUCUAUCUCGCUCUCUCCACAUACCUCAUUCCGCUUCCUCUUGAUGAGGAGGCUCGGGCUGCUCUGCUUGAGGCUAUGACCACAAAGUCGGGUCUGGCUCGGGCUUUGGCUGUCGCUGACCAGAAGGUCCGCUCGGCUCGUGCCGGCAAGGUCCAUGUUACGCUCACUCCUCAGCAGGGGGCGGCUGCGGGUGCGAAAGCCUUGCAACGGAAGCGCGAUGUGGCUGCUGGUGUAGUGAUGGAGGACGAGAAGGGCGACAACGGGUCCGACGACGACGACGACAACGCAGGCGACGGCUCCGACGACGACUCGGACGACGACUUUGACAUCGGGAGCCGUGGCCAUCCGCUCGGCGAAGUCAUUGUUGUCGGCGAUCGCAUCACCUUUACGGAUCCGCGCGGCAGGGUCAAGACCUUCGAGUACACUCUGCCUCUCAAGCAGUACGUCGAGUCACUGGGUGCCGCGGAAGGCCACAGGUACCUUGUCGAGUCGUGCGCCAAGGCCUUUGCCGCCGAGCAGCAGUCCCAGCAGGCCUCGGCCGCGACGGGCCUCGCAGGCAUUCCGCCCGACUACGUGCCGAAGGGCAAGGCAACGCUCAGCUCGUCGGGCCACAUUUCGUACACCAACCCGAACGGCGAGUCGCAGCAGUACCUCAUGAACGAGGCGAUCAAGGCCGCCAUUGUUUCGCUCUCGCCAACGGACCGCGACCGGUACCUCACGUACACUAUGGAGGUGGCGCUCUCGAUCUAUGUUCCGACGGCGGCGGCAACGGCGCCGCCGGCGUCAAACGGUGGCACAGCAUCGGCGCCGUCGGCCGAGGACGAGUCGCGCAAGCGCAAGCGGCUCGCGGCCGAGAUGGCCGACGUCAAGCGGCGUAAGCUCGACGAGCUCGGGCGGUCUGUGAUCGGCGGUGGCGAUGACGAUGACGAGGAAGAUUCACGCGCAGGCAGGCGCGCCGCGUCGAACUCGGCGUCGGCCUCGCGGCGCGCCGAGGCGUCGAGCUCGGCGGCAGGUGGUGGCGGCAGCGGCGGCGGCGACGUGGCGCAGCUCUUCCCGGGCAACGUCGACCUGACGCAGGAGCGCGCAAUGAUGAUGGCGUCGAUUGCGCGGCGGACCAAGACUAACCGAGCGGCGGCGGAGCGGACGCUCGCGUCCGAGGGCCACGCCAUUGGCGGCGGAACAAUCCGGCUUUGUGAGCCUGCGCCGAUGCUCGAGCUUGUCAAGCAGGUCCUCGACGAGACAGCGCUCAUCGAGGCCGCCGGCCCGUACCGGUUUCCGCCCAACUCACGGGCUGCCAACCGGCGCGCUGAGGCGUUCAAGAAGGUGCUUGUCCGCAACAUGACCGGGCCUGCGCUCGAGUACCUCGACCUUGCACUGAAGGAGUACAUGACGCGGAUUGUGGAGGCGGCGAUCAAGGCGUCCAAGGCGCGGACCAAGGUGGCCCGGCUGCCGUCCGAGUCGCAUCCGGGCGACGUCAUUACGACAGACGUGCGGCGGCUGCUGGCGGACAUCCGCGAGCGGCACACCAAGAAGUGGCAGGCGCGCGAGGCGGCGGAGAAGGCGGCGUUCCAGGUGGCACAGGCCGAGCGGGCGCGACUCGAGCGCAACCCGCGCAAGUACGAGGCGCUGCUCAUGAAGCUCGACGAGUUUACUGCUGCCGAGGAGGCGCGGGCCGAGCAGGAAUCGGCCAACUCGAUUGCUGCCGUCAUGGUGGGCCGGACAAAGAGCACGUCGCUCGCCAACGAGCAGGCGGCGCUCAAGGCGUCGCUGGCGGCGUUCCCGGUCUGGGCCUCGUUCUCGCCGGCAGAGCAGGAGCGGUACAUCGAGCUCCGCACCAAGACGGCGCCCACGGCCGACGAGACCCUCGAGCUCUCCAACCUCAACAUCCGCCUCAUGCCGGUCCACGGGACGAGCGCGUCGCGGCGGGUCACCCUCGCCGACCUCUCGUACGCGCUACAGCGCGCCGCCGCGCCGUUGCCGUCGGCCAUCAUCCACCAGAUCAAGACGCUCACUCACCGCGCGCGCUGA